UUGCGAAGUCAACAGUUGAGAACUUUUUGAGUUUGUUCUCGGGGGAAAAGAGCAGCGAACAAGCAAAGCAAUUGCGGAAAAUCCUGAUCGAGGCAGACGACCCCGCUCUGUGGAACUGGUCUCUGUGACUUGCUGUGUCUACUCAAUAGCUUACCAUGGAGACAAUGCAGGAGCUGAUCCCCUUUGCCAAAGAGAUGCUGAGCCAGAAACCCAAUGGGAAGAUGGUCAAGGUGUACUUGCUGGGGAGCAUGCUGGCAUUCUUUGGAGUGGUCAUUGGCCUGGUGGAGACGGUCUGCAGCCCUUUCACUUCUGAGGGGAGGCUAGAGGAGGAAGAGGAAGAGGGGAGGCCUGCCGUUCCCCUGACAAAAGAGGCAGUCGUUCCUCAGAAACGGGAGGAUGUAAUGUUGGAAAAGAGCAAACAGGCACUGGCUGUGAGGAAUUCAGUGAACAGGCAGCAUGCAUCGUAAGAACACUGUCUUGUGUGUGCAAGAACGCCAUGACCUGAAAUGCCCAGGACAUUUGUUGCCCCGUUUCAGAUUCCAGAAGACUUGAGGACUGUUACCUGUGUGUGAGACUGCAAACGCGAAAGGACUCUAUAUAUAAAACCAAGACAGUUUUAUUUUGCUGCUAUGCAGCAGUUGAACUAUACAGCCACUUACAUCUAUGUACCUGUUCUGUUGGUAUGAAUAUGUGAAGCUUUGUAGCAUCUUAUACCUACCUAUGCGUGGGGUUGUUUUUUAUUAUUAUGGCUAUACAUGCAUUUUACAGACAUUUUCACUUUAAAUAAACUCUUUUAUACCUGA